AUGGGCUGGGGUGGCAGCGGGCUGUCGGCUGCCCCUCUGCAGUCCGGGCGUGCCCAGGAUGGAGGGCGGGCCGGCUGCAGGCCUCAGCACUCACCUCUGCUGCAGUGGGAAUACAUUAAGUCAAACCAUAAUGCUUUUCUGAAGACAGAAGCCAGUACUACAUCUGCUCUGAUGCUAGAGUAUCAGCAAGUGAACGGUGAAGAUUUUUCUACCAGAAGUUUUGACACGCUAGAAAAUGUUGGCAUGACCUCUGCUGAGAGAGGAAAGUUCUCACCAGUUUUUAAUGCUCAGAGUAAUGAAACCUCAGUUGAAAAGCACUCUCUGCAAAGAUGCCUCUCACUAACUCAUGCUGACCAAGAAGACACAGCAUCAGUUUCAGGAAUCUCUGAACUUCUUAAGGUUACUGAAGAACCUGAAGCACAGAUUUUAAAAUAUGAUCUAGAGAUACCACCUCAAGCCAAAAUCACAUCAAUACCACUUUCUUCUUUCCCACCUAAAAUGCAGCAACUAAUGUCAGCUGGAGCUAAAAAUGUCUCUGAAGUAAGGCAAGCUACAGAAAUACCAAUUGUAACUUAUGUAUGGCCAGUAAUAAAGACAGAAGAGGCUUCCAGCCCCUUUUGGGACAAUUUUCCAAAGUCUUUAAUCCCAACCAGCCCAAACUUAACAAGACACUGUUCUAGUCCUGAUGUAGUAAUUGAAGAUGUGAAAUGUUCCCAGAUAACCCCAGUGAAACAGCUUGCACAAGAAGAGCUAGACAGAAAGACAGCAAGAUCAUAUCCUCUUAUUGUAAAGUCAUCUAACAAUGUUGUUUCAGGAAUUUUAAAAUCACUGACCAAUAGCACAAAUAAGGAUUAUAAGAACAUAUUACCAGUUUCAUCCAUCAUUAGUCCUAUUGGAGAGCAACUGGAAAUUCCUCUCUUUAAGGGAAAUGCUGUAGUGAUCUAUAAUGGGCAAGUCUACCUUCUGUAUGUAAUGAGGCAUGAAGCUCUGUCACCAGAAAUGGAAAUAUAUGGGCAUCAUACGUUGCUUAGGAAGGCCACAGUUUGGCUCAUUACAUGUAGUGCUAUCCAUGAUGUAACAACCAAAGUUCCACGUCCACUGCUGUCAAGACAGUAUGAUGUAAAACAGAACAUAAAAUGUCUCAAAACGCUUGCUACCCUCACACACCGAGAUAAAACUUCAAAUUUCCUCAACAAGACUGCGUUCCCAUCCAAAGAAGGCUUGCAAAAAAGAAAUGAGAAGGAAGCACGACGGGAAGAAGGCAAUGAACUAAGAAGGAAAUUUGGUAUUGUUAAAGAUGUGAGAGUCCAUCUCAACAGGAUGAUUCUCCCUGAACUGAUAGAGGAUUCUGGCAAAGCUUCUGUGCUUAAAUGGAAGGAAACUCUGCCACUUGAACCAGUUUUGCCAAAGAGAAGAAAAGUAACUAGAGCAAUGGGAGUAAUCAAAGGAGAGGAAGUGCAUUCAAACCAGAGAUGCAGCACUGCAGAGACCAUGAAGAAGUUCCUCAACAAGACUGCGUUCCCAUCCAAAGAAGGCUUGCAAAAAAGAAAUGAGAAGGAAGCACGACGGGAAGAAGGCAAUGAACUAAGAAGGAAAUUUGGUAUUGUUAAAGAUGUGAGAGUCCAUCUCAACAGGAUGAUUCUCCCUGAACUGAUAGAGGAUUCUGGCAAAGCUUCUGUGCUUAAAUGGAAGGUAACCACCAGGACAAAGAAAUGGGGAAAAGUGCGAAAGAGUCUGAUCACAGCCCUCUUGGAGCUGUUUGGUUUGAAGGAAAAAUCACAGCCUGCAAGCAGAGCCAGUUUUAAAGAUGAACACCUCUGGCUAGCGAGCCCAAGAGACUAUGAGUCUUUUAGCACUAAGGAACUGAGCAAACCUGCGUGUUAUUGGGCAAAGGAAAUUCAUCUCAAAGAGACCAAGAGCGGAACUCAAGCCCACUCCUAUGAGGCUGAGCUCUUUGGAGAGUAUUCACAGUACCUACUUCAGGCGUCGCACUGUUCAGCUAGCUUGGCAGGACAGACUAACAAGCUUCAGUCCAGCUUCAGGCUGGAAGCCCUGCCUCCUGAGCUCUGGCAGAUAAAGCUUUGGCAAUUUAAAACGUCGCUGCCCCCACCCUACCGAUGUGCUGGAUGUUACUGCCCUGGUGGCAGGAGUGGCAGGCGUGGACGGGCGCUGAAGCCUUGCCUGCUCUUGGCCACUGUACUGCGCAUUAACCAAGCAGGGGAUCUGCUCCCGGGCGCUGGCACAAGCUGCGCCUGCUGGGGAGGCAGCCUCCAGCUAUGA